UGGGAUUAAGAUUAGUAUAAUAUUGUUGUCGUGCUGGUAUUAUCAGAUACACGUUUGAGGAACAGGGGGCAUGAAGAGAAAGUGCAACCGGGUGUAGAUCGAUCGAGUUACAGUAGCCUCAGUGUUGGUUUCGAUAUGUUCACGCCGGGGUGUGCAUGUGCGAGGCGAGGCCUGGCUGCACGGGGCCUCCGCGUUGUUCUUAUUUUCCUUCGAAUGAGCGCAGCAGCAUCCCAGUCCGAAGUACACGGCGACAGAAACAACAGUGACAGCCUGCCCAGCUGUGAUGUACCACAGCAGUUUUACCAGAGAAUCAACGGCCGAGUUGUGUGUGCGAACUGCUUCAAGUGUCCCCCAGGCUGGGGCGUGGACAGAGAAUGUAUAGACUUCAAUGACACCACUUGUAAACGGUGUGAGGAAGGGAAGACCUACUCGUUAGAGUAUCCGCACACCAGAGUUUGUGAUGUGUGUAAGGUCUGUGAGGGCCAGAUCGUGGUGCGGAGGUGUACUGUUUACACUGAUGUUCUUUGUGGACGGUGCAAACCAGGGUUCGUAUUGGACGAUAGCACACUUGAAUGCGAGCCUGUCGACACACACAGGAGUUGGAGAGGAAUGGUCAGUGGUAAAACCACGGUCAUUUCAGUGACUCAAGGAGUUUCAACCGCUGCUGUUACGAGAGUUAAGGGAUCUCCAGCGAGUGGAGAACUUGAGGACGCACAUGUACUAGUAUAUGUAUCAGUUCCUCUGGCACUCCUAAUAAUAGGCCCACUGGUGGCGAUUCUUUGCUGGAAGAGAAAGUGGGCUUGUAAACUAUUAGCAAAAAGGGUCAGAGACACACAGCGUCAAGGACUACUGCACGAAUGUUCCGAAGUGGCAAAUUCGGAAUCAAAUUCGGAGACCCAGGUCACUCCAGAAGGAGUCGCAGUUUCUGUAUCUUGCCAAAAUAAUGCAGGUAGUAAUGAGGUUAGUUCAGACACACCGAGUGCUGACCAAAGUGUCCUCCUCGAUCCCCUAGGAGAAGAAAUAUGAACUCUAUGACCAAAUAAUAACAGCCUGAAUAAAAUUCAGAUGUAUAUUUGGACUUUUACAUCAAGGCGACCCCGGUCAGAAUGCAAAUUUUCGCGAAAACUGAUAAGUGAAAUCAGUGAUUUAAGUUCAAGUUUAUUUCUGAUGACUGGUUCGACCUAACUCUCUGGGGGUUCACGCUAAAUUGCUGUCAGCGUCCGGGAGCAGAGCGCGCACAAAAGUAAA